CACCAGCCUGCUAGUUUCUCUAUCGAUGGAUGAGAAACAAUAACUGUGUCUGUCACUGCAAUCCAUGUAUGGAAAUUGGAAGUAAUCUGGUGGAGUUCACUUUGUUGCUGACCUGUAGAAGGAAACAGAUAUUUGUGUGGAUGACCACGAUUCAGAUGCUUUUCAGGAUUGGCCGAGCUGUGGCAGGGUGGGUGCAAAAAACGUUCCAGAGUACUCAGGCUGCUGCUACAGCCAAGACUUCCUGUGUUGCAGAAGAUGAUCCCAAGGACAAGGCCACUGAUGCACUGGCUGAAGAGUGCCCAGUCUGCUCCUACAAUGAGUGGGACACCCUGGAAGAAGUGAUUGUCGGGAGACCAGAGAAUGCGUGUGUGCCCCCUUUCACUGUGGAGGUGAAGGCUAAUACCUAUGAAAAAUAUUGGUCCUUCUACCAGCAAUAUGGAGGCCAGAGAUUUCCUAAAGAGCAUGUGAAGAAAGCUGUUGCUGAAAUUGAAGAGAUGUGUAACGUUCUCCGUGGUGAGGGAGUGAUUGUCAGACAGCCCGAGGUCAUCGACUGGUCUGAGAAAUAUAAGACACCAGACUUUGAAUCCACAGGAAUGUACGCUGCCAUGCCAAGGGACAUUCUGCUGGUGGUGGGCAAUGAGAUCAUCGAGGCGCCAAUGGCUUGGAGAGCUCGUUUCUUUGAGUACAGGGCGUAUCGUCCACUCAUUAAGGAUUACUUCCUGCGUGGAGCCAAGUGGACGACUGCCCCCAAGCCACAGAUGUCGAACGAGCUGUAUGACCUGGAUUACCCUAUUCUCUCUGUGGAGGACAGACAUAAACUGGCUGCUGAAGGGAAAUUUGUGACCACCGAGUUUGAACCCUGCUUUGAUGCUGCUGAUUUCAUGAGAGCCGGGAAGGAUAUAUUUGUACAAAGGAGCCAGGUGACUAAUUUCCUGGGGAUCGAGUGGAUGCGGAGACACCUUGCUCCGACAUACAGGGUCCACACCAUCUCCUUCAAGGAUCCAAACCCCAUGCAUAUCGAUGCAACUUUCAACAUCAUUGGACCUGGCUUGGUCUUGUCAAACCCCGACCGCCCCUGUCGUCAGAUCGAUGUCUUCAAAAAAGCUGGCUGGACUGUUGUCUCUCCCCCUACUCCUCUGAUUUCUGGCGAUCAUCCCCUGUGGAUGUCUUCAAAGUGGCUGUCCAUGAACGUGCUGAUGCUGGAUGAGAAGCGAGUCAUGGUCGAAAAGAAUGAGACUACAAUUCAAAAGAUGUUUGAGAAACUAGGCAUUGCCACAAUUAAAGUCGACAUCCGGAAUGCCAAUUCUUUGGGCGGAGGCUUUCAUUGCUGGACAUGUGACAUCCGUCGCCGUGGCACUCUCCAAUCGUACUUCGACUGAGGAUUGCAGGGAGUCCAUCUAUUAAUAAUUAAAAAGGCUAUUGGAAUAUUGGUCUUUAUCUCAAGGGGCCGGAACGCAAAAAUGGUGAAAUGACCUUGGUUCUAUGAAAUUGUGAUUAAUCUCCAGUCAGAUGGAGGAUAAAUUAUUCUCUAGUUUUACACCACAGAUUCACCAGAAUAUACCUGGUGUAAUUAUGAAGGCAGGAGAAGGAGGCCAUGAAGGCCUCUGUGUCUUUGCCAGUUCAACCUGUUCCUUCCCCAUGGCACUGUAACUAUUCCCUCUCCAAUACCCGCUCAAUUUCCUGUUGAAAGCACUGAUUGUGUUUCUACCCUCCUACAAUCCUACUCAAAGUGUUGACUGCAUCCCCAGGCCCCUGACCCAUCUGCUAAUGGGAACAGCUUCUAACGAGCUUGGCUGAGCAAAUGUAAUUGAGCACCUGUAAUAAAAUCAGAGUUCUGCCAUUCAUGGUUAUUUAGGGAAGUAUCUCUUGACAGAGUUUUUGUAAUAAUCCUGGACAGGAAGAGGUAAUUUGUCCAUGUGGCCAUUUAAAAAUUCUGUGAAAAAGUUUCCUAAUUCCUCAUUAUCCUGCCUUUCCCCUCAGACAGACUAUUUCUACCCUUUAAAUGAUCACUUUUUAAGUUGUUGUUGAACAUGUUGCCAAAGCUCCCUGAUUAUGUAUUCCAGAGUACUAUUCCAGAGUACAAUCGCACGGUAACUUCCUUCCUCUCAGGGUGUCCCUGGCUCUUUUGUCAGUCACCCUAAAUCCAAGUCUCUUGGUCACCAACCUUCCUGCCAAUGGAGACAAUGUGAUAGAACAUAGACCAGUUCAGCAUUGGACAGGCCAUUCGGCUCAUGAUGUUGGGCUGAUCUUGAUGCCGAUUUAUACUAAAUGUCCUCCUGUGUAUCAUCCACAUCCCUCCAUUCCCUUCAUAUUUGUGUGUCUAUCUAAAAGCCUCUUAAACUCCACCAAACUGCCUGCUUCCACGACUACCCCUAGUAACCCAUUCCAGGCACCUCCCACUCUCUGUGUUUAAAAAAAAACACCCCUCAUGCCACCUUUAAAUCCACCCCCCCACCAAACCUUAAAAGCAUGUCCUCCAGUGUUUGACAUUUCUACCCUGGGGAACAGAUUCUGACUGUCUACCCUAUCUAUACUUCUCAUAAUUUUACACACCUCUAUCAGGUCUCCCCUCAGCUUCUGAUGCUCUAAGGAGAACAACCCAAGUUUGUUCAACACCUACUUAUAGGCAGCAUCCUGGAAAACCUCUUCUGCACCCUCUCUGCAGUCUCCACAUCCCUCCUAUAAUGGGGCAACCAGAACUACACACAAUACUCCAAGUGUGGCCUGACUGAAGUUUUAUGUAGAUGCAGCAUGACUUCCUUACUCUUAUACUCAACAUCCCUACCAAUGAAGGCAAGCGUGCCGUACGCCUUCUUUACCACCUUAUCCACUUGCAUAGCCACUUUCAGUGAACUAUGGACCUGGACCCCAAGAUCCCUCUGUACCUCAAUGCUGUUGAAGGGUCUACCAUUUACUGUGUACUUUCUCCUUUCAUUUGACCCCCCAAAGUGCAACACCUUACACUUGCCCAGAUUAAACUCCAUCUGCCACUUCUCUGCCCGUACCUGUAAUUGAUCUAUAUCCUGCUGUAUUCUUUGAUAGCCCUUUACACUGUCCACAGCUCCACCAAUCUUUGUGUCAUCUGCAAACUUGCUAAUCCACCCAUCCACAUUUUCAUCCAAACCAUUGAUAUAUAUCACACACAACAGAGGACCCAGCCCUGAUCUUUGCAAAAUACCACUGGUCAUAGACCUCCAGCCAGAAUAACAGCCUUCCACCCCUACUCUGUCUUCUAUGGACAAGCCAGUUCUGAAUCCAGAUUUGCAAUUUACCCUGCAUCUUUAUCUUCUGAACCAACCUACCAUGAGGGACCUUAUCAAAUGCCUUACUAAAGUCCAUGUAGAUAACAUCCACUGCCUUACCCUCAUCAAGCACCUUUGUCACCUCCUCAAAAAACCCAAUCAAGUUUGUAAGCCAUCACCUGCCCUGCACAAAGCCAUACUGACUGUCCCUAAUAAGGCCAUGCCUUUUUAAGUAUCCUCUCCAAUAGCUUCCUUACCACUAAUGUGAGGCUCACUGGUUUAUAAUUACCUGGAUUAUCCCUAUUUCCCUUCUUGAACAAAGGCACAACAUUCGCUACUCUCCAGUUCUCUGGGACAUCACCUGUUGCUAAUGAGGACACAAAGAUCUUUGUCACAGCCCAAACAAUCUCCUCACUUCUUUCACUAUUCUGGGAUAUAUGCCAUCAGGCCUUGGGGACUUCUCCACCUUAAUGACUUUCAGAAGACCCAGCACUACUUCCUCCUUAAUCUCAAAAUGUCCCAGCACAUUUGCAUGCCCCACUCUACCUACACUAUCCUCCAAAUCCUUCUCCUUGAUAAAUACUGAAGCAAAAUACUCUACCUCAGCCACUUGCUCUGACUCCAAGCACAGAUUCCCUCCUUUAUCCUUGAGUGGAUCUACCCUCUCCUUAGUUAUCCUCUUAAUGUAAGUAUAAAAUGCCUUGGGAUUCUCCUUGAUCCUGCUUGCCAAGGACAUUUCAUGGCCCCUUUUGGCCUUCCUAAUCCCCUGCUUGAGCAGUUUCCUGCUAACUUUAUAUUCCAAAAGGGCCCAUUCUGAUUUUGGCUUCCUAAACCUUAUGUAUGCUUCCUGACUAAAUUUUGGGACCUUUCGGGUCAUCCAAGGUUCCCUGGCCUUGCCAUCCUUGUCCUUAAUCCAAUUCUGAACUCUGAUCAGCUGGUCUUUAAACCACCUGCACAUGUUAGACGUGGACUUGUCUGACAGCAGCUAGUCCCAGUGGAUAUCCCUUAGCUCCUGUCUUAUGUUGUAAUUUGCCCUCCCCCAAUUUAGUACCUUCCCGCAAGGUCCAAUUUUAUCCUUGCUCAUAACAUGAUAUCCCCGACUAGCCACAGAACCCCAGUGAGGACUUGACCUAAGUUAUAAAACAAAACCUUCAGUGCAAACUUGCUUGCUUUUGUAGUCUAUGCCUUUAUUUAUAAAGUCCAGGAUAAUCCAACUGCCUUUUUAAUAACCUUCUCAAUAUAGCCAGACACCUACAGAAAUGUGCUCAUUUAUUCUGAUGGCAUCUUCUUCUAUUGCCUCUCUCCCUAAAAAAAACCUGAGUUUGAGAACAAAGUGAAAAUUUCAAAGUUGAGAUGGAUACAUUUUUGUUGGACAAGAUCAUUGAAACUUGUGGAAUAAAGGUAGGUAGAUCAGCCCCUGUGGAGCAGCAAGUCACCUGUUCCCCCCCCCUACUUACCCACAUUAAUCUAGCCCAAACCUGAACAUAGGUUGGGAUUAAUUUGGUCAAACACAUAGAACAUGCAUGAACUGUAGUUUGUAUUUGAACAGUGAUCUCUGUUCAAAGCUGCUUUUUAUCUCCCUCUCCCUCUCCCUGGGAAGUGUGUUCAAACUUAAUUGUAAUCUGCAACAAAGGUCCUCUGGCUGAUUUACAAACAUUUCCUUCUCAUUGAAUAACUCUGGCUUCUUGGUUCCUCUUGAGAAAGUCAUGAGUUAUUUAGAGGUUUUUGUGAAGCUGUUCUUGCUCUUCACAUACUGUUGAUAUCCUCAUGCUGGAAUUUUGGCAAGUCACUCCACUGGAUUCAACAUUUUUAAUUAAAUUGAGGACCAUGUUUGUAUUUAAUAUGGGAAUUGGCGGAUUUGCAAUGCUCAUUUUUUAAUUUUGUCUGAGAUUUCAUUUGGCAGCUGAAUGUAUCAAGGCAAAUGAUUUGGCAUUGACCAGUGUCCAACAUAAAAUGACUCUCUGUUGCCCCCUGGUGCAGAGCCACGGCUUUUUUGAACAAACCUGAGAGGUGGAGUCACAUCCAGGCCUCACCUACCUCAGACAGCUUCCCACUUGGUUGAACAUACCAAAGAAAUGUGGCUUCACACCAACUUGAGAGAUUCAUUGCAGAAUGCUGCUCCCCCUACCUGUACCAUACAAUUGGAAAAUAAUUCUUUUUCCCUCAGAUUAAAAUGCAGAAAUUCCAGGAUAAGACAGAAAAUUCAGGAGAAAAAAAUCUCAUUUGGUCAGGCAGCAUCUGUGGAGAGAGAAACAAGCCAACAAAGGAUCACAGAGCUGAGGUGUUAACUGUUACUCUCUCCACAGUCACUGCCUGACCAUCAGACCAUUUCCAUUGUUUUCUGUUUUUAUUUCAGAUUGGCAGCAUCUGCAGUUUUUUUGAUGACCAUUUCCAGGAUGAUGUGUCUCGCCUGGAAACUCACUGGGCACGUUCAGAUGUGUCUCCUGGUAUCCUGAUCCAGCUUCCACACUGGGGGCCUGUGACAGCCUCCCUGUACAACAGAAGGUUGUGGGGGAACUUGAACCAUGUUGUUUCAGGGCACUGGUGAGACUGCAGUGGAGCAGUGUCAGACUGAAUGUCCUGCUACACCUCCCCUCCCCACCACCGCUUCCCUGCUCCACAAUUGUCCAUAUCACUGGCCCCAACAUCACCCACCUCUCAAUCUGCCACCAUAGAAGCUCCACUCCCCAUCCCCUUCCACAACUGCCUCCCCUGGCCACACGCGCUACACCCAAUCAAACUUUGGGUGCAGUAGAAUUCCUGGGCAUAUACUUGUAAUCAGCUUUGUGUGCAUCUUCUCAAUGUGAAGCUCUUAAUUGGUAGAGUGCUUUAAUUGACCGGAAUGCCCUAUCAUUUGUCUUAAUUUAAUUUGUUUUAAGUCUUUCCUUGUUUUUCCUGAAUGCUGAAGUCACUUGAAUGCCAGAGUAUUGCAUGUAGUACAGGCUGUCAAACAUUACUUGAAGUCACUGCUGCCUGAGGAAAUGUGUUGUGCUCCAGCUUUGAAAAAAUCAUGAAAAUUAGUUCCUGGAAACAAAGCUUUCUUACUGGAAAUUUCACUGCUGUAAAUGGAUUGAGAUCUAGGGUUUAAAAAAAUCCGGAGGUUUUCUAAACAGAAUCCAACAGAGGGUGCUGCAGUCUGCAGACUGUGUGACCAGAGGCAACGUGGAACUCAGCAGCUCCCAACCAGCAGCAUAGAAACAGGCCCUUCGGCCCUCCAUGUCUAUGCCGGCUCCUGGCUCCACCUCCCCACACAGGCGUUCUUUACUCCUCUGGUCAGCAGGACCUGCCAAAGGCACUCGAUGCUCUGGGAGAGGAAACUCCAGAUUAGAGCAGCUCUUCCCCCGAUUCUCAAUUCCCUAUCCCUUUCCUUUGUGACUGCAGACAAAUGCUUCCCAGGUACGUGGACUGGAUCGUUUGCUGUUUAGAAUGACAAAAAUAUUCUAUAAACAUUGUCUGUUCCCCAGAAACAAAAUGACAAAAGUGAAUGAGGUAAUGGAAUUGUGAACAUAUUUAAUAAUGCAAAGUUUAGUAAAUGGUUUACUUGUAUUUUAUUGCGGUAUGUUAAAUGAGCAUGCAAAAUGUAU